AUGACUGCUGGGGCGCACCUGCCCGAUUACACGGCCGAGGAAGUCGAGCACUUCCGCUCCCUGGGCGUCGAUGGCGCCAUGGACAUUCUGCUGGGCAUGCCAGGCCGACCUUCGUACACAUGUGUCGGUGAUUCGCGGGAAGUGGCCGUGGAAAUGAUGGAGUCGUACUUGACCCGUCUGCAAAUGGACAUCUCGCGCUUGUCCAUUGUGCACGUGGCGGGAACAAAGGGCAAAGGAUCGACGUGUGCGUUCACAAACAGCAUUUUGCGAGCGCAUGGCGUGAAGACGGGGAUGUUUACCUCGCCGCACUUGAUCCAUCCCACCGAACGAUUCCGCAUCAAUGGCAAACCCAUCAGUGAAGCCUUGUUCUUGGCCAACUUUUGGGCCGUUUGGGAUGGCCUCAGUGCCACAACGAGCAAGGCUGGCGUUUACCCUCCCAUCGCCAACUUCUUUCGCUUUUUCACACUCAUGGCGUUGCGCCUGUUCCAAGCGGAACGUGUGGACGUGGUCAUCUUGGAAGUGGGUCUCGGCGGCCGCUUGGACGCAACAAAUGUCGUCAAGAACCCAGUCGUGUGCGGCAUCACGACGCUCGAUUUGGACCAUACCCGCGUCUUGGGCGACACCAUCGACAAGAUCGCUCGAGAAAAAGCGGGGAUUAUGAAGGCCAAUGUACCCGUGGUCGACGAGUACUCGGCUGAUGACAUUGCCGCGUUCCGAGGUAGUGGCAUAGAUGGCGCCAUGAACAUGUUGCUAAGCAUGCCCAACAGCCCUGGAAACAUCAUGCCGGCGGCGGGUACAUGGACGCGUGAAUCUGCCAAUGCCAUGAUGCGGCAUUACAUGAAACAGACAAACGUGGAUGCGUCGACGCUGUCGGUGGUGCAUGUGGCCGGCACCAAAGGAAAAGGCUCCACCACUCCACGUUCGUCCACGGCCUAUGUCUUCCUCCUCCACCCCCAUUACACCAGCGCAUCAAUUGGUCCUCGACCGGAUGUACCUGGUGUUCGGCGAACAAGACACUGCAACCCUUCUUGGGGCCUUUCCCCCGAGAACCAAGCCCGUCUGGUGGAGGGCAUCGGUCGACUUAUCGACCAAGCCGUCACCCACCUGACAAAUCACGCCGCUCUGGAAAGCCAACUGUCCACCAUGGCAGCCCAUGGUCGUACUUUUGAAGAGUCACUCGCACGCAGCGCGACUGCAGUCGAGCGCCUUACGUACGUGCUCCAUACCUCCGAACAACAAAGCCCCUCUCGGCUGAAGCCGAUCAAACUAGAGGUCACGAAAUUUGGUGGAGCGAAGUCCGACAAACUCCUCCGCUGGAUCCUCCAAGUUGAGACCGCUGCGAACGCGCAGCGUAUCCUGGACGACGACACUCGCGUCGCUUUCGCGAUGUCACACUUGAAAGGCCGUGCCGAAGAUUGGGCGUUUUCCAAACGCCUCACGGACCCUUUGUGCUCUCCCUCCCUCGACGACUUCAUGCAUGAAAUGAAGUCCACGUUUCUGCCCUUCAAUAGCGACUUUCGCUAUCGCACCAAGUUUCUUGAAUGCAAACAAGAAAAGCGCUCCCUCCAAGAAUACAUCCACGACCUUCGCUUUUUGGCAGCGAACGUCAACGACGAAGAAUCGCUCCCUGAAGCGAUGCGCGUCACUGUGUUCAUGGCCGGGUUGAAUCAAGGCCCCGCGCGGACUCAACUGUUCCGCGAAUAUCCCACCACGUUCGAAGCCGCUGUUCGAAUCGCGCUCUCAGAGUCGUUUUCAUCGACGCUCGCCCACGGCCGCACGAAUUCCUCUGACAUGGAAGUUUCAACGGUUGCUCAUGGUACGGAAGACCGCAAAUGCUUCAAUUGCGGUCGGGUGGGUCAUCUGUUGCGGGCUUGUCGUUCCCCCCGCCGUGUGAACCCCGACCACCCGCGCCCCCAACAUACCCCCUCCGGUCCCCCCAACCGCUUUUUGCGUGGCCCAUCGCGUCCCCAGCCCCGUUCUUUCCAGAACCCCGCUGGAGCGGAAAACGGACGUUCCCAGUAG